ACUGUAUUGGAGAGUGUGUGUGUGUGUGUGUGAGUGAGAGUGUGCGCGCAUGAAUGUGUGGGUGUGUGCUGCACCAGACAUCAGCAGCAGGUUGAGAGCCGACACACAGAGGAAGCAAGAGAGAGAAGAAAAGAAUAAGGGGAGAGAAAGAAAAAGAGAAAGAGACACUCCUUCAUUCAGUCCUCUGAGAGAACUUCAAGACAGCUUCCUGCAGCUCUGACCGCACAGUUAAAAUGCUGCCUGGUACCAGGCCCCUGCUGCUGUGUGUGCUGUGUCAUGUGACCACCGCAUGGGCGUUCGCCCGCAUGUCUGAUGCCGUGGAGCUGCGGUCCGCAUUCUCGGUGGCACGUACCAGCAGCAUGGAGGGAGGCCCGAAGAUGGUCGUCACAUUUGACAAGGUGUAUGUCAACAUCGGUGACGAUUUCGAUCCGAAGGCUGGCUUAUUCCGCUGCAGGAUUCCAGGCGCGUACUAUUUUUCUUUCACGGUGGGGAAGUUCCCGCGUCGAGACCUUUCGGUCAUGCUGAUGAAGAACCGCAAUGAGGUUCAGGCGAUCGUCUACGACGAGAACGCUGGAGAAGAGCGAAAAGUGCAGAGCCAGAGCGCCAUGCUGCAGCUUGAUUUCGGAGACACCGUCUGGCUUCGUCUUCACGGAGACCCUCGCUAUGCUAUCUACAGCAACACAGGUCAUUACACCACCUUUAACGGUUACCUGAUCUACCCCGAUGUGUUCGGCUACCAAGAACCCACACACAAAAGUCAUGACAGUGAGCAUCAGCCACCGAAAACCAGCGAUCACUCACUGUCUGAGCACGAAAAUACAAUUACCAAAGACACUGCUGUGAGUAUGAAAGAAAACAAACGGGAUGAAGAGAUAAAGGAGGAGGACGGGAGAGAUGGAGAGGAGGAAGACGACGACCAGAGGUCGGCAUUCUCAGUUGGCCGCACUGAGAGUAUUGUGGGAGUGGAUCAAGGAUAUCCUGAGCACCAGCCUAUUAUCUUUGACACAGAGUUUGUCAACAUCGGCAAUGACUUCAACUUGAGCUCUGGUGUAUUCAAAUGCAGAGUAGCCGGAGCCUAUUACUUCUCCUUCAAUGCUGGCAAGCUGCCCCAUAAGACCCUGUCAGUGAAGUUGAUGAAGAAUCAUUUGGAGGUACAGACCAUGAUCUACGACGACAGCGACACUGAGAAGGCCCUGCAGAGCCAAAGUCUAAUGUUGUCACUGCAGGCUGGAGAUACUGUCUGGCUCUACAGUCACCAGAGGGAUGGAUUUGGUGCUUACAGUAAUCACGCCAAGUAUAUCACUUUCACUGGCUUCCUGGUGUAUCCCGAGCUCCACCGAAGCCUUCCUCAGCAGCAGAAACCAGAUAAGACACUGUAGGCCAGCCAAGGAGCCAGUCAGUCUGGGUCUUUAGGAAGGUAUGAGUUUGGAAAUGUGAGUUCCCUACACACAAUCUUCUACACUCUAGAGGCUGUGUGUCACUCAUCACUCCCAAGGUUUGCUUCUUCAGAUUUCAUAUUACAAAAUCUCCCCAGCUUUUGUUUUUACCCUGAUUAUCUACUUUCAGGAAGAAACGACUAAGCUGAGCAAGCAGCACCUGUAGCAAUUUGGUUAAACAAGGCCUCUGCUCAGCAUCCCUAAAGUCGCCAUGAAACAGAAAUUGUGAUCGUCUUUUCUUGCCCAUCGUGACAGGUUCUCAAAUGAGGAAAAAAAAGGAAGGGCAGCACUUGAUUUUGUCCAUCGGGAAAUGAUAGGAUCGUUGUUGUUAGCUAAUUGAGCGAUCUCGUUUGAGUGACAGGUUGCUGGAUUAUUGCCCAGACGGCACUUAGGGAGGGUUGCUUUUGAAAGGGGACAUUAAUGUUUUUGAUUAAGAUGUUUACGAUGGCACAUAGCAUUUUUUAAAAAUGAUGUGCAUGGAUAAUUCAUUUAUCAUAAAUAUGGAAACAUUCCAAAAAAUAUUAGAAUUGUCCAUUUUGAUUUCAUGGUGACUUUAAAGUGAUAGUUCACCCAAAAAAUAUGAAUUCUGUCAUUAAUUACUCACACUUAUGUCGUUCCAAACCUGUAAAACCUUCGUUCAUCUUCAGAACAAAAAUUAAGAUAUUUCUGAUGAAAUCUGAGAGCUUUCUGACCCUAAAUAGACAGCAACGCAACUGAUACGUUCAAGGCCCAGAAAGGUAGUAACGACAUUGAUGAAAUAGUCCCUGUGACAUCAGUGGUUCAACCGUACUUUUAUGAAACUAAGAGAACACUUUUUGUGCACAAAAAAAAACCAAACUAACAACUUUAUUCAAUUUUUUCUCUUCCAUGUCAGUCUCUGACACACUUUCAUAAGAGUACCACGACACACUCUUGUGGUGCUGCUGACGCAGGAGCCGGUGUUCUGACGUAGAAUGUCCAUCUGUCUCAGUUCAUCGUCUGUAUAUUCUGGUUCAAAUAAGUAAGGCCGGGCAAAAAAGUCAUCCUCUCUGUGGAAAUCUUCAAACAUGUUUACAAAGACUGUUUUAUGCACAGCAUGCAUCUUCCUCUGCUUGUAAAUAAGGCACAUCCGGGUUCUUUGUCAGAAUGACGUAUUUUUGUAGCUUCAUAAAAGUUGAACCACUGAUGUCACGUGGACUAAUUUAACAAUGUUCUUACUACCUUUCUGUGCCUUGAACGUGGUAGCUGCGUUGCUGUCUAUGCAGGGUCAGAAAGGUCUCAGAUUUAAUCUAAAAUAACUUUUGUGUUCCGAAGAUGAAUGAGUUUGGAACAACAUGAGGGUGAGUAAUUAAUGACAGAAUUUUACUUUUGGGGUGAACUAUCCCUAAAGGCCCUAAAUGCUAAUAUAAUGAGAAAAUACAAACAGGUCACUUUUAAAUAUAAAUAAUUGGUCAAAUGAAAAAAUAAAUACAUAAUUUUAAAAAGUUAAUAAAAAUCAAAAUAAAACAUAAAAUACACAGCUUGAUCUGAAAUUCUUAGCACUAAAGCACCUAUCUCUGCAGAGCCCGUUCAUCAGAGAGCUCCAACUCAAAACUGUGUUUCAGUACUAUUAUUAAAUGCAUGCACAUUUCAAAUAAAAAAAAAAUUGUUGUCUUUGAAGCUUUUGCACGAAAGAUUUGCACGAGAGCACCGCUUUUUCAUCUAUUUUUUUCAGUGUAAAAUCAGUGUUUAAGGCAUAAAAAACAGUAAUGACAACGUUUGCCUUCAUGUAGUCAAAAUUCAUGUAGUCAGUCAAUAAUCAAGUCUUGUUUUGGAACAGCACUACACAUUGAAACCGAGGACCGCUUCUGUAAAUUGACUGUGUUUGGACAGAAACUUGGCCAAACAUGGUGCGGGCUGACAGCUUCUAAAGGAACAAUGAUUUUAUUCACUGCCAAAUAACAUUUACUGUGCACCAACUGAUGCUAAUGAUUUUGGAAAAUUGUUCAACAAAUAUUGAUGUUUAUAUUUUAAAAAGAAAAUCUAUCAAAGAUGUCGAUCAGUUUGUUUAAUUCAUCUGGUUUAUGUGUAUACGGCCAUAAAGAUUUAUUUAGUUGAUGAGGCAUAUGUAAUACGAAGUGCACAAUUCCAAACUGUAAAUACUUCUGUGUUUUUUAUCCAUUUCUAUAUAAGUGAACGUUUGCAUUUCUAAUUCUGUGCCUGGUCUUACGUACUUUUCUGUAUGGGUUUAAUCCGAUAAAUAAACUUUGUCAAAGAGUGCUGGAUAAGCUUUUCAAUGUUUGUGCAGUAUGAGCUACUUUGUUACGUACCGUAAAAGUGGUUUCAGUGUAUGCUGGAUUCUUAUUGUGGAAGAAGCCAGUCCUCAGAAGCAAGCCAAAUAAAAGCUCUGAAUGUAAA